UUGUUUCCCGCCAGCCACAGGCUCUUGGAUCCCCACGGGGCAAGUGUCAGGUGUGCCGACUCUCUGGCCUCUGCAGUGCCCGUCCCUCUACCCACCGCCCCGCAGGUCGGCUGCCAGCCCCGAGUCUCCCACCAGCCCCAGCCAUGAGCUCCUCCCGGAAGGACCGCCUCAGCAGCCCGGAGCCCCUCCCGGUGGUCAUCGUUGGCAACGGCCCCUCGGGCAUCUGCCUGUCCUACCUGCUGUCCGGCUACACGCCCUACGUGAGGCCGGAUGCCGUCCACCCGCACCCCCUGCUGCAGAGGAAGCUGGCCGAGGCUCCGGGGGUCUCCAUCCUGGACCAGGACCUGGACUACUUGUCUGAAGGCCUGGAAGGCCGCAGCGAGAGCCCUGUGGCCCUGCUGUUCGACGCCCUCCUGCGCCCAGACACGGACUUCGGAGGGGACGUGGAGUCCGUCCUGACCUGGAAACGGGAGAAGCACCGAGCCGUCCGCCACGUGGUCCUGGGCCGCAACCCCCCUGGGGGGGCCUGGCACUCCAUCGAAGGCUCCAUGGUGACCCUGAGCCACGGCCAGUGGAUGGGGCUCCCGGACCUGCCCGUCAAGGACUGGAUGCGCGUGAAGCGCAGAGGGCUUCGCAACAGCCGGGCCACGGCGGGGGACAUGGCCCACUACUACAGGGACUACGUGAGCAGGAAGGGCCUGAGCCGCAACUUCGUGUCCGGCGCCGUGGUGACGGCGGUGGAGUGGGGGCCGCCGGCGCCGGGAGGCUCCGGGGCGCAGGACGGCGGCCCCCUGUUCCGGGUCAGCGGCUUCCUGACCGCCAAGGACCAGAGCCGGCAGCCCUUCGCUUUGCGCGCGCGCAACGUGGUCCUGGCCACGGGCACCUCGGACAGCCCCGCCCGGCUGGGCGUGCCCGGCGAGGCCCUGCCCUUCGUCCACCACGACCUGGCGGCCCUGGAGGCGGCCGUGCGCGUCGGCGCCCUGAGCCCGGACUCGGACCCCGUGCUCAUCGUCGGCGCGGGGCUGUCGGCCGCCGACGCGGUGCUCCUGGCGCGCCACUACAGCGUGCCCGUGCUGCACGCCUUCCGGCGGCCCGUGGACGACCCCGCGCUGGUGUUCAACCAGCUGCCCAAGGUGCUGUACCCCGAGUACCACAAGGUGCACCAGAUGAUGCGGGAGCAGGCGGGGCCCUCGCCCAGCCCCUACGCCGGCUACCGCAGCCUGCCCGAGCACCGGGUGCUGCUGUUCAAGGAGCAGCGCCAGGCCGUGCUCCGCGACCCGCGCGGCGGCCAGGCCGUGCUCGGCGUCUCGCUCGUGCUGGUGCUCAUCGGCUCGCACCCCGACCUCUCCUUCCUGCCCGGCGCCGGCGCCGCCCUGGCCGUGGAGCCCGCGCAGCCGCUCAGCGCCCGGAGGAACCCGGUCGACGUGGACCCAUUCACCUACCAGAGCGCGCGGCAGGAGGGCCUGUAUGCCGUGGGCCCGCUGGCCGGGGACAACUUCGUGCGCUUCGUGCAGGGUGGGGCGCUGGCCGCGGCCAGCUCCCUGCAGAAGAAGGAGGCGGGGCGGCCGCCCUAGCGCCGGCCCUCGGCUCGCAGCAGCCAGGCCCUGAAGAGGCGGGCGGUCAGCGCCCCGGAGCGGCCAGCGGGCCUCUGCCCAAGGAGGCGACAGGGGCCGUGAGCCCACGCGACCGGCCUUCCGGGUCAGAAGCAGUGGGGAACCCACCCUGCGCCGGCUUAGCCCACGGCGGGAGCGAGGCCACAGCUGGGCCUAGACCUGGGACGUGGCCGGGAGGCUGCCAGCAAGAGCAGGGGUUGCCGGGGUCAGCAGGGCGCCCAGCCACGAGGGCUCCGGGCCCCAAAUAAAACCAGUGCCUGCCUCCA